AUGAUCCGUCCCUUUGGCCGCCGGUCCUGGAGAAAUGUCUCUGUGGUGCUAAUCUUCAGCGCCAUCGUUUCUCUUUUUGUCAUCAAAAUGUUGCCGCUCUGUAACCCGCUGCCGUCGUACUCCGGCCCGCAUCAGGUCGGAAUUAUCGAUGUAGAAGCGGAUUGCGAGACGCGGGUACUGCAUCCCGCGGUGUUGAAGGACGGGGGGGAGAUAGCGUUGAAGCUCGAAUCCGUCUUCUUCACCCUCUUCUACCCCGCGACACCAAACCCCGGGCAUGUCCACUGGCCGCCAAAACACUACUGGGUCCCCCGCCCCCUCUCCCUCGUCGCCUCCGGCUACGCCCGCCUCGCGCACAUUUCCUCCUCCAUCCUUCACCGCGUUUUCACCUUCGGGUUGUGGCUCUUUGCCGGCGCAACCACGAUUCCCGCACAUGCGGAUGCCCCCAUUCUGUCCCGCCUCGAGCACGAGCUCGGGGGGUUGAAAGAUGGGAGCGUGGUGACGAGCCCGUUACUCAAAGAAAGCGCCGGGCUGCCGGUGAUUGUGUUCUCGCACGGCAUGGCGGGGAUGCGGACGAGCUACUCGCAUUACUGUGGGGAGUUGGCGAGUCGUGGGUAUGUGGUGGCGGCUAUUGAGCAUCGAGAUGGGAGUGGGCCGGGGAGUGUGGUGAUGACGGCGGAUGGGAAGGAGAGGGAUAUUCUGCAUAUUAAUAUGGAUGAUAUAGUGUCCGAUCCACCCAUAACAGCCGACGGCUUUAAAGCCGCUCAACUUGCGUUUCGGGAAGCGGAGGUGGAAGAGACGAUUCGGGUGCUCCGGGCGAUUGAUGAUGGGGAGGGAGAGCGAGUGCUCAGAGAAAACCCGAGGCGUGAGGGAUGGAGUUUUGCGGAGUGGCAGGGUAGGUUGGAUGUGGAAAGUGUGACGAUUGUGGGACAUUCGUAUGGUGCUACGCUUGCUCUCCAAACCCUCCGCGAUGCGCCCUCGAAGAGUUUACCAGUCCGGUCAGCGAUCAUGUUCGACCCUGGAAAAGAAUCCGGCCCCCUAAACUCCGACAUCACCGUCCCCACCCUAAUCAUCAACUCCGGCUCGUGGACCUCCUCCCCGGCCUCCUUCUACGGCCGACCGCACUUUGCCGUUGUCAAGGCCGUCGCGCAGUCCGUCCUCGACCGUGGCGUGCACGCCUGGUUCCUAACCCUGCUGCACACCGCCCACUCCUCCAUUACCGACGCGCCAAUCCUGCAGCCCCUCAUUUUCCGUCUCGUGACGGGAACACGACUAAACGAGCGGCUGGCGCUGGAUGCGUACGUGAACGCGAGUCAUGAUUUCUUGAGGUUUGUGAGGGAUGGGAGAAGGAGGGGGGUGUUGGCGAGUGGAGUUACGAGUGAGGAUGGGCCCUUGGGGAAGGCUGAGGAUGCGGAGAGUGAUUUGAGUGGGUUGUGGGAGGUGCAUGUUGCGCCGGAGCCGGAGUCGGAGGGAGAGGAGAUGUGA